AUGCCCAGAGACGACUUGUCGAUUGAUUUCGUCAAGAGGAUGCCUCCAGCCGAAGCUGUGGAUCCAGGGGUGAUCCUCGACGACUGGAUCAACCGCGUACAGAAUCUACCAGAAGAGAUUCGUUUCUGCCACGAUGAGAUUGCAGACAGAGACCGCCAAUACAACGAACAAAUACGAAUAAUCGAAGAUCGGGACGCGAAGAUCCAGAAACACAUCAAGGCGCAUGGCAGCCAUGAGCCAAAUCCGAAGGAGGAGGGGCUCCGGGCACAAAUACGCGAAGCCUACGAGCGAGCCGACAAGAUCCAACUAGAGAAGAUCAAACUUGUGCAGAACUCGGCACUCAUAAUGGAUAAGCACAUCAAGACCUUGGAUUAUCAGAUCAAGCAACUCUACGACCGCAGCGAACACGGUUUCUCAAACCCCGACGAGCUCCCAUCACUCAUCCGACCAAGCGCUGCCAAUAAAACUGCUACCUUCAGACCAAUGCCCACAGGUGGCAACAUAGCUCCAGGUCCUGCUGCAGCCGCCGCUACUGCUCCUCCGAAUGGCGCUGCGUCGCCUGCGCUCAAUCGAUUGCCCGGUCACGCCAAUGUCCGAACCACCCAAACUCAGCAGCAGCUACAACAGCACGCCUCCUCGGCACCGGCUACUCCAGCUGCCAGUAUGAUUCUUAACCGCCAGCAACGCGAAGGCUCUACUGGCCCUGCGACAAAAAGGGGGGUCCGUGUCAGCUCCGGUCUCGGAAACGUACCGGUCGCCUCCAGCGGACUCGCCAGGCAUUCUUCCCUCGGUCCUGGCACGCCCAAAGGCGCGCCUGCGGGCGGUCAGGGCGGCGCUUCGAGGGCUGGCAGUGUCGGUCCGAAGCCAAACUCUGCAAAAACAACGGCGGGCAGUGGCUCGCGACGUGGAACACCUAUCGGAGUCGUACGCAAAAAAGCAGCCAGCAAAUCAUCGCUUUCGCGGGUCAAGAAGGCCUCCAACAGGAACUCGCCGGCAUCUACAGCGGAUAGUGACCUCUCUGAUGCUGUUAGCGGGAGCGACGUUGACGAUGGCGAGCACCGCUCAAGGGGGACUCCGGCUGGUGAUGGCAAAGAUGCCGACGGCGACGACGCUGUUCUGGAUGCGGACGAGGACGAGGACGAUGGUAACGAUGACCGGAAAUAUUGCCUGUGCAACAAUGUAAGCCAUGGCGACAUGGUUGCGUGCGACAACGACGAUUGUCCAUAUGAAUGGUUUCACUGGUCCUGUGUUGGCCUCAAAAGCGAGCCGAACGGGACCUGGUACUGCCCCGUGUGCUCUGAGAAAUUUAGGAAAGGGAGGUGA